UCCAUUUUGUCGUCUGCUGCUCUGUUUGUCUCUCAGUCUAGGUCGUGCUGGAGCAUGAUCCAAAAAAAAGUAAAGUAAAGACACCCCAAACAUACGCAGGCAGGGUAUGACGAAUUCAUUAUGGACUCCUUUUAAGUUGAUAUUUUAUACAAUCAUAAUUAAUAUGUCAUCCACAUCUCAUGUACUGGUUGUAAGAAGCUUAUAUAAAAGAAUCCUAAGACUGCAUCAGCGACUUCCCAUGGAACUUAAGGCAAUUGGUGACCAGUAUGUGAAGUCUGAAUUCAAGAGUCACAAAAUGGCCAAAGAAGAGGAAGUCAAAGUUUUCAUGACAGAAUGGAUGAGUUAUGCAAAUCAACUUGAGGAACAAUUACGUGAAUCUGGAGGGAGAAUCCCAAUAGGUAAUUUUAUAAGCGUUGAGCAGUUGGAGGACUUCAGACCUGAGCAAGUUGGACAAUUGUAUGAACUUCACCAGGAGACCAGAAAACCAUCACCGUUGUUACCACCAGACAACCAAUCAUGAUCAAGGAUUUAUGAUUAGCAUAUAUUUAUUAGAAAGAGAGAGAGCAGCAGCAUAGCGGAGUCCCCUCAAAGUGUGUGCGCUAAACUGUAGAGAUCCUUGCAUAACGUUGGUCUGCAAUGCAAGAAUAAUAGACUGUAUAACACAACGUCUUUCGGAUGAGAUUUUAAAGCUGUUUUUCAUGUGUGCAUUUGAUAUAACAAGCAGUAUACUCUUCAUACUGUAAAUAAGCAGGGGGUUGUCUCCCAGUGUACUGCUCAAUUCACCACCAGAAGGACCUACUUGAAAUAGGUUUUCAGAACCAAACCAGGGUUUCCAAAUAAAAGCAAAUGCAGUAGUCGAAAAUUGUUGCUGAACAUUUUUUUUGAAAAGAAAAUUAGCAGAGCCUGAGGGUGGUACUCAUAUGUGCUUCAUAUUAAAGUGGUGAUAAAACUGAAACUUGGUAGAAUGAAAGAGGACGAAUGUUUGAGCCUGUAGAUUGUGGCUCUAGUGUUAAUAUCGUAAUAAACAUUAAUUGUUUAUGUAUAUAAAGGUCUCCCUCUAAUUGAAGACCUUUCCAAUUAUUGACCACCUCUAAUUAAAGACCACUUUUCUGUGGUCCCAUAUUAACAAAUGUCUUAUC